UUACAGAGAAAAAUAGUGAAGCAAUGAGGAACAAGGCCAUUGUCUUUGUGUGUCUCUUUGUUGCGGAGUUUUUGUUAGGAGUAGCAGUAGCUGCUGAUGAGUCUCCAAAACUAGGGAGUGUCAUUGGCAUUGAUCUUGGAACAACCUACUCUUGUGUGGGUGUGUACAAGAAUGGUCAGGUUGAAAUCAUAGUGAAUGAUCAAGGGAACAGAAUCACCCCUUCUUGGGUUGCAUUCACAGACGAGGAACGUUUGAUCGGAGAGGCUGCGAAGAAUCAAGCUGCCUUCAAUCCUGAUCGCACCAUCUUCGAUGUUAAGCGGCUUAUAGGGAGAAAGUUUGAUGAUCCAGAGGUUCAGAAAGAUAUCAAAUACUUGCCAUAUAAAGUGGUGAACAAGGGUGGAAAGCCUUACAUACAAGUGAAGGUGAAAGGUGAGACUAAGGUGUUUAGUCCCGAGGAGAUCAGCGCGAUGAUUUUGGGGAAGAUGAAGGAGACGGCUGAAUCAUACUUGGGGAAGAAGAUUAAAAGUGCAGUUGUUACUGUUCCAGCUUAUUUCAAUGAUGCACAGAGGCAAGCAACCAAGGAUGCAGGCACCAUAGCCGGCCUUAAUGUGGCUCGAAUAAUCAACGAACCGACAGCCGCUGCUAUUGCCUAUGGUCUUGACAAGAAAGGAGGGGAAAAGAACAUUCUGGUCUAUGAUCUUGGUGGUGGUACAUUUGAUGUUAGCAUCUUAACCAUCGACAAUGGUGUAUUUGAGGUUCUUUCCACCAGUGGUGAUACCCACUUGGGUGGGGAAGAUUUUGACCAUAGAGUGAUGGACUAUUUUAUCAAGUUGAUUAAGAAGAAACACAACAAAGAUAUCAGCAAAGAUAACAAGGCUCUCGGGAAGCUUCGAAGAGAAUGUGAGAGAGCUAAGAGAGCAUUGAGUAGCCAGCAUCAAGUCAGAGUAGAGAUUGAGUCGCUUUUUGAUGGCGUAGAUUUCUCCGAGCCAUUGACAAGGGCAAGAUUUGAGGAGCUCAACAUGGACUUGUUUAAGAAAACAAUGGGGCCUGUUAAGAAGGCUUUGGAGGAUGCUGGUAAGAAGAAGACUGAUAUUGAUGAGAUCGUUCUAGUCGGUGGGAGUACUCGAAUCCCAAAGGUGCAACAGCUUUUGAAGGAUUUCUUUGACGGAAAGGAGCCUAACAAGGGUGUCAACCCAGAUGAGGCUGUGGCGUAUGGCGCUGCAGUUCAGGGCGGAAUCCUGAGCGGGGAAGGCGGUGAAGAUACUAAAGACAUCCUUCUUCUUGAUGUGAUUCCUCUGAGUUUGGGCAUUGAAACCGCCGGUGGCGUCAUGACUAAAAUCAUUCCCAGAAACACAGUUAUCCCAACAAAGAAGUCCCAAAUCUUCAGCACUUACCAAGACCAGCAAACUACUGUGUCAAUUAAGGUUUUUGAAGGUGAGAGAAGCUUGACCAAAGAUUGUCGUGAGCUCGGGAGGUUUGACCUAUCCGGGAUCCCUCCGGCUCCAAGGGGAGUACCACAGAUAGAGGUGACAUUUGAUGUCGAUGCGAAUGGUAUUCUUCAUGUGACAGCUGAGGACAAGGCAAACAAGAAAUCACAGUCCCUAACCAUCACCAACGACAAAGGCCGUCUCAGCCAAGAAGAGAUUGAUAUAAUGUUGAAGGAGGCAGAGGAGUUUGCAGAAGAGGAUAAGAGGGUGAGGGAGAAGAUUGAUGCCAGAAACAAGCUUGAAACUUACAUUUACAACAUGAGAAGCACGAUAGAAGACAAGGACAAGCUUGCCGAUAAGAUCGAUUCUGAUGAUAAGGAGAAGAUUGACAGUACAUUGAAAGAAGCCCUCGAGUGGUUAGACGAUAACCAGAGCGCAGACAAGGAUGAGUUUGAAGAGAAGUUGAAGGAGGUGGAAGAAGUGUGUAAUCCAGUCAUAAAACAAGUAUAUGAGAAGAGUGGUGGAGGUUCAACUGGUUCAGAAGAUGAAGAGCCUACUGAUGAAUUGUAAGGAGAGAGUAGCAGUUCAUAGUUCAUCACCCCUUCUUUUCUUUUUUUCCCUUUCUUUUUGUUUGGUUUAUUUAAUUUCAAGACCAUAUUUCUUUAGCUAUGGUGAUCAGAUUUCUUUUACAAUGCAUCAAAGAAAAUAUUAAUAUUCA